AUGGCAGAGGUUCUGGCCACCAUGGUGGUCGGGCCACUCGUGUCCAUGCUGAAGGACAAGGCCUCCAGCUACCUCCUGGACCAAUACAAGCCACCAAUGCCUAAGGACUGGAGGCAGACAGAGUCAAACAUCAUUGACCACCAGGAAAUUGCGAGCAAAUACAGAGGCAAAGAGAAGGAAGAGGUUGUUAACAAAUUGAUUGGUGAUCAAGUGAGCGACUCGCAGCUUAUGGUCCUUCCCAUCGUUGGAAUGGGGGGCCUGGGCAAGACUACCUUAGCUCAGCUUGUGUACAAUGACCCUGGAGUUAAGAAGCAUUUUCAGUUGCAACUAUGGGUAUGUGUCUCUGACAACUUUGAAGUUGAUUUAGUAGCUAAAAGUAUAGUUGAAGCAAAAGCAAAAGAGAAGAGCAACAGUGAUAAAAGUGAAAAAUCACCACUGGGGAGCAGCAGUGAUAAAAGUGAAAAAUCACAACUGGAUAGACUUAAAGAAGCAGUGAGCGGGAAGAGGUACCUCCUUGUCUUGGAUGAUGUAUGGAACCGUGAUGCCAAUAAGUGGGGAAAGCUGAAAUCCUGCCUACAACAUGGCAGCAACGGCAGUGCAGUGCUGACAACAACUCGUGAUCAAGUAGUUGCUAAAUUAAUGGGCACAACUGAUGAGCCCUAUAGUAUCACAGGAUUACAUGAAGACUCCAUCAAGGAAAUUAUUGAGGCAAGAGCAUUCGGUUCAAAAAAGGAAAGGGAUGCUAAGCUCGUUGAAAUGGUUGGUGCUAUUGCAAAGAGAUGUGCUGGAUCUCCUUUGGCUGCUACAGCCGUGGGAUCUCUACUUCGUACCAAGGCCAGUGUGCAAGAAUGGAAGGCUUCUUCUAUGGGAACAGAAUGUGCUACCAUAUUUACAGAGCCAAGUCAAAGUGAGAAAUUUCCAUAUUCUGCUCGACAUUUAUUUAUAUCUGAUGAUGUACCAGAAACGACUCUGAAUGGCUGUCUAGAGAAAGGAUCUAUGGCUGUCCAAACACUGAUAUAUGAUGGACAUGCAUAUGAAUAUCUGAAGCAUUUAUCAAAAUACAGAUCUAUUCAUGCAUUAAGGAUCAACCGAGGUUCAUUCUUAAAACCAAAGUAUCUGCAUCAACUAAGGUACCUUGAUCUCUCGAAUAGUAAUUUUAUCAAAGCACUUCCUGAAGAAAUAAGCAUCUUAUAUAAUCUGCAAACACUGGACCUUUCAUACUGCGGCAAUUUGAGACAACUUCCAAAGGAAAUAAAGUAUAUGACUGCCCUCCGUCAUGGAUGUGAAAAAUUAAAGAGCAUGCCUUCAGAGUUUGGACGCCUCACUUCCCUACAGACGCUUACAUGCUUUGUAGCAGGUACUGGCUCUGGUUGCAGUAAUGUGAGAGAGCUUUGUCAGUUAGACCAGCUUGGUGGUCCACUAGACCUAAGCCAGCUAGAGAAUGUGAUAGAAGCAGAUGCAAAAGCAGCAGACCUUGGGAACAAGAAAGAGCUAUCCCGAUUGACAUUGAGAUGGACGUCGUCUCUAGAAAAGGAGGAAGAGGAACAAGACAAUCAUAAGGUGCUGGAGGCCCUCAAGCCUCAUGACGCGCUGAAGGUUCUAGGUAUAUAUGGCAAUAGUCGCGGCACUUAUCCAACAUGGAUGAAUACAUUGCAACAAAUGGUGAAGUUUACACUAUCGGAUUGUGAGAAGCUCAAGGAACUUCCUCCACUGUGGCGGUUACCAGCUCUACAGGUUCUCGAGUUGUGGAGAUUGCAAAGUCUUAGUUGCCUGUGCAGCGGUGAUGCACCCGUCACGCCGUUUAAGGAACUGAAGGAGCUUUCUUUGGACCGGAUGCUAAACUUUGAGACAUGGUGGUUCCUAAAUAACAAGGUACAAGGAGAAGAACCAAUAUUUUCUCAGCUGGAGUCCAUCGCAUUCAGUAAGCAGCUGGAUACUAGCAUGAUGUUGACGAGUGCACAAGGUGUUGCUGCAGCACAGGACGACAAAUCAGCAUUAAUUCCAGGCUCGGGCUCCUGCAGCGACGCCACGGCAUCCACGCCAGUUGCUAAGCUCUCAUCAUCAACCAAACAUCACUUCCUUCCUUGUCUAGAAUAUCUAGACAUAUCUUCCGACUGCGAUGGCUUGUCAGAGAUUCUUGAUCUUCCUCUGUCCAUCAAGACUUUGAAAUUUAAACAAUGCAGCAAACUUCAAACCCUUUCAGGGCAGCUGGAUGCCGUCCAAAAAUUAAAAAUCUGUGGACUGCUGGAGCUUGAAAUCACUGGAACCUUUCUUAGUAGAGCUCGCAAUGCUGGAAAAGCUCCGUCUUUGCAAUUGCGAAAGCCUGGUGUCCUUACCAAACGGGCCUCAAGUAUACUCAUCUCUCAGGUUUCUUACUAUCAUUAUCAUGUCCUGUCCUGGUAUAAAGUUACUUCCCAAGAGCCUACAGCAACGACUGGGUGA